CCUCCCCCGCUCGUAUAAUUUGCAACCUCACCUCUUUGUGUUUAUUGUCAUUUGAUGCGUUUCAAAGCUCCAUUGCGCGCUUUGAGAGCAAAAGCCUCUCGCGCUGGUUAACUUUAACAACGGGCAGUAAGUUGUGCGCAAUUACGCAAUCAAUCGGCUUUUGAAAAUGAUACGCGCGUCUCGUCGUUGACUUGCUAUAAGUUGAAAGCUGAUUUGGGGCGUCAAAUGCGGCAGGUGUUACCUUUAGGACCCCGCGGGCGCAAAAAAAAAAAAGAAGAAAGAGAAAGAAGGAAGACAGCGCUUGCCUCGGUGUUUUGGAGCCAUGAUCGAACGUCUCCGCUUGAUGCUCUUCUGCAGCGCAACAAGCUGAGCAAUUGCGCAGAGUCUCGUCUUUUGAACAAAAAAAAGCACUUUGUCAUUUAAAGUGUUUUUGUAACCCCGAUUCAAGCGACAUCAUUCUGGCAGCAUAAAGUGCCGCCUUGUCGCCGUGCGCCACAAUUGCUGGAAAUGUGUUAAAAGUUGCAAAAAAAAAAAAAAAAAGAAGACCGAAUACGUCGUCGUCGCCGUCGUCGUCGCGGAGAACUUGUUGAACGACGGCAGCCCCCGUGGUUCCAAACGCCAGCGCGGGGAGCUCAAACCGCCACGUGCGACGGCCUCUCGGCGCAUCGCGUCUGACCUCAGAGCAAACAAGCGACCCGUCGAAAACACACGUUGGGUACAACCGGAGCGUCCGCGCGGAGGCUAAUGACGGAAAGGACGCCGCGGUGGUCGUCGACCACGAGGCUCAUCUAAAUCGGCCCGAGACGCGCUUUCAAACCCGAAAAAGACGAGGAGGAGGAGGAUUCGCCUGAAAGAUGAUCUUGAGCGUCCUGCUCGCUCUGCACGCCGUCUACGGCGGCGUAGCCCACGCCGUGCAGCAUUACCCCGCGGCGUGGGGACACUACGACGUGUGCAAGUCGCAGAUCUACACGGAGGAAGGCCUGGCGUGGGACUAUAUGGCUUGUCAGCCGGAAGCCACCGACAUGACAAAGUAUCUGCGGGUGGCCCUCGACCCGCCCAACAUCACGUGCGGGGAUCCGCCGGAAACCUACUGCGCUCUGGAGAACCCGUACAUGUGUAACAACGAGUGCGACGCGAGCACCGAGGAGUUGGCUCAUCCGCCCGAGCUGAUGUUUGACUUUGAGGGUCGCAACCCCACCACCUUCUGGCAGUCCACCUCAUGGAAGAAAUACCCCAAGCCGCUGCAAGUCAACAUCACGUUGUCGUGGAACAAGACCGUCGAGCUGACCGACGACAUCGUGCUCACUUUCGAGUCGGGCCGGCCGGAGCAGAUGGUUCUGGAGAAGUCGCUGGACUACGGCCGGACGUGGACGCCCUACCAGUUCUACGCCACCGACUGUUUGGACGGCUUCACCAUGGAGCCGAAGACGGUGGGCGACCUCACCCAGCGCACCCUGCUGGACAUCAUCUGCACCGAGGACUACUCGCGGGGCUACGUUUGGAAGAACGACAAGACGGUUCGCUUUGAGAUCAAGGAGCGCUUUGCCCUGUUCGCCGGGCCUCGCCUGCACAACAUGGCCUCCUUGUACGGUCAGCUGGAUACCACCAAGAACCUGAGGGACUUCUUCACCAUAACCGACCUGAGGAUUAAGCUGCUGAAGCCGGCCACCGGUGCCACGACGGUGGACGAGAACAACCUGUCCAGAUACUUCUACGCCAUCUCCGACAUCAAAGUACAGGGGAGGUGCAAGUGCAACCUGCACGCCAACAGCUGCGUGUUCGACAAGGGGAAGCUGGGCUGCGAGUGCGAGCACAACACCACGGGGGCCGACUGCGGCCGCUGCAAGAGGCACUACCACGGCCGGGCCUGGAGCGUGGGGUCCUACCUGCCCAUACCCAAAGGGACCGCCAAUAUAUGUAUUCCCAGCAGUCACGGACCUGCGCAUCGAGCAAACGCGUCAUCGCUUGGCGUCGCAAAUCGUAACCAAGCGCGCGUGUGUGACAACGCUAUGCUCCGCUGUCAGAACGGCGGCACGUGCCACCACCACCAGCGUUGCCACUGCUCCCCGGGCUUCACCGGUGUCCUCUGCGAGAGGGUCCGCUGCCAGGGCCCCGGCGAGUGUGACAAGCAACUGUCGGGACGGGCCAGCCGCCGCCAUCUCGCCACUUGGCGUUUUGUCCUCGCCUCGCUCUUACUGAUUGUUUCUCUUUGCUGAGUAACCAAAACCCCUAAAAAAAAUAAUAAAUACAUAGAUCAAAUCAAAUAAAAAAGGACAUGAACGCAACGAGGCGGACCUCUGGACUUCUGGACGGGGCGGACCUCAGUGAGCUCGCGAAUCUUUUGUACGUGUCAGGACGGAGUAGUCUCGGAGUAUCUCGGAGUAGUACGCGAGAUGGACCGAUGAAACGUCACUGCUGUCUUGUGAUCUCACGCAGGAAACAACUCUUAUAUGGCGUGAUUUGCGGUCGGAGCUACCCGCAAACUGUAUAAAGCUACACAUGUUCUAAGAAAUAUCAGAAAGAAGAGCGCGAUGGGGUGUCGACCGUUGACGAAAAUGUACAAAUCUUGACCUUCCGGAGAUUUCAUAACCCUUUCACAAAAUACAGACUUCCUUUUUAGGAUAGACCUGUCGGAUGAGCAAUGACAAAUAGAAGGAUGGCGUGUCAGAAACGUUCUCUGUUGCAAAUGAUAGCGUUCAAAUCAGAUUCACCGAAAGCCAUCGUUGUCAUCAGAGAGACUCGUUUGAGUGACUUGAAGACUUUCCAUGACGACGGGGCAGCGGAGGAUCGGACUUUGGCAGCAAUACCGAUUCGAUCCAGAAAAGGAGCCACAGCAAAGAACCAGACAGAAGUUGUUCAAAGAGGAAAAACGAAAUAAAUGACCGUAUUUUCCAGACUAAAAGGCGAACUGGAUGUGGCGCACCUUCAAUGAAUGGCCUAUUUUGUCUUUCCCUACAUUGGGCGCACCGCUUUAUAAGACGCAAUCUACAAGGCAUCCACUAGAUGGAGCUGCGCUCAAGGAAACGCCAACAGAACGAUCAGAUAUUUCAUAAAGCAGCGGCAUUUUGGGGUUGAAAUAUUACCGUCAUGAUCAUCCACAAAGCGCAUCACAUUUUAAGGCGCUCUGUGAGCUUUUGGGGAAAAUACGGUAAGCACUUGGGUUUUCUUUUCCACGCAGGCUCCCGGCACAAACUCUCGACAGCCAAUUUACAGCAAGAAUGCAGCAAUCUCCGGUCGUUUUGUAAAUAGAAGCCCCUUUCACGCUGUUCUCACGCAUUCAGAUGCGGUCAUUCGAUGUCUGGGAACGGCCAAAAUUGCUUCCACCUCCGUGAGGGGUCCGGUAAUAAGUCGUAUGGUGGUAAAUUCAACCCGGCAUUCUAAAUGGACACGUUUACACGUACGGGACGGCGAAACACGACAAAGGCAGCUAAGAUGGCAAGGGUGAAAGGGGCGAGACACAACUGCAGAACGGACUUUCUUGUCUUUGCACAACUGCCGUCAUUCAUUCUUUGAUAUAACGUCAGAAGAUCGCAAGUUUGUAGGUCGAUUCCGACAUCGCUACUUUACACACACACACACACGGGACAGUGACGCGAGAAAACAAAAAAAAUGUCCUGGAUUGAAAUGAGAAGGUAGAAGGUGACAUAUGGGCUCUAUAUUGGCGUAAUGUCACUCUGGUUUUGCUUUCAGCCUGGGGAGACUUUCACACCGCCUUUGUGGUUAAUUGUCACAUGGCAGAGUCGUCAUUUUAUCGCCUCCACCUUUCCAGCGACACUUCCGUUCAACACAAAAGGGUGAAGGCAACGAGUCUGCGAUGUCGAGCUUGACGCUGAUCGCGGGUCAGGGG